AUGCUUUAUCUGAAGAUCAUUGUGACGGGAGCUGUACUGCUCCUGGCAAUCCUUUCAACCGUUAAUGCCGCCUGCUCCAAAACGAACGUGAAAACGAGGAUGGAGAUUAAGAAUGGUAAACGAGUGACGGUGAUCGAUCAACCAUGCUGCAAGGGAUACAAACGGGUGAAGUUGCGCUGUCUGCCGAUCUGUUCUCUGCCGUGCGAGAAUGCCAAAUGUACCGCGCCGGAUGUCUGCACCUGCAACGCGGGAUACGAGCAGCUGUCAAAUCAUCGAUGCAUUCCUCACUGCAGCGAUUGCGAUAAUGGUAUCUGCACGAAGCCUGGCUACUGCCAGUGCCAUACCGGUUAUACUCGGGCCGACAAUGGCACGUGUGUGGCCGAGUGUAACAACUGUAUGAAUGGGUUUUGUACGUUACCAGAUGCCUGCCAAUGCAACGACAGUUACGAGCUGGAAGAACUCGAAGGGAAACGGUCUUGUAAACCUGUAUGUGAAGGAGGCUGCGUUAAUGGGCAGUGUGUCGCCCCGAAUGAGUGUCAGUGUGGAGUAGGAUUCACCCUUUCGCCGUACGGAGAAUGUGUUUUACCGACCACACCCGCGCCUCGUUGUCCGGAGGGAUAUGUGGAGGAAAACGACGGGUGUCGUCCUGUAUGCUCUCAACCCUGCCAGAACGGAACCUGCAUUGGCCCGGACCAGUGUGAGUGUUUUCCGGGAUAUUCAAACGAUAACUCCAGCUCAUCGUUCGCAUGUGAGCCGGUAUGCAAUGGAGGCUGUAGCAAUGGAGAUUGUAUUGUACCGGGUGUUUGCAUCUGCCAUGCACAGUACGGGAAGAUCGGCGACGAGUGCAUACCGCUCUGUGAACGUUGCACGCUGGGACACUGCGUACAACCGAAUGUGUGCGUUUGCGAUCGGGGCUAUCGGUUGAUUGAUGGUGAUUGUGAACCGAUCUGCGAGACGGAAUGUAUUAAUGCGAUCUGUACCGGACCGAACGCGUGCACCUGCCUGCCGGGGUACAAUUAUACCGACAUAAAUGCACUGUUUGAUUGUUUGCCGGUUUGUGAGAUGGAAUGCGUCAAUGGGCGAUGUGUGGCACCGGAGCAGUGUGAAUGUAAUAAAGGAUACAUACCGGACGAGGAAAAUACAUGCAUCCAUCCGGAUGAUUUGUGCCGCAUAAAGUGUACGAAUGGACAUUGUCGUGGUGCGGAAUGUAUCUGCGAUGAGGGCUACAUUAAGCAUCCCACCGACGGUCAUUGUGAGAAAACCUGCCCCAAUGGCUGCACGUACGGUGAUUGCAACGGUGGUGAAUGCUUCUGUCAUGAUGGUUACCGCUUAUCGCUCGACAAUGUGUCCGUGUGUGAACCGAUUUGUGGCGAAGACUACGAUUACAGUAGUCCCAGUUGCAUCAAUGGACGGUGCAUCCGGCCGAACGUGUGCCAGUGCGACGAAGGGUAUGAGUUUGUGGAUACGAACCAAACCCGGUGCGAAUCGGUGGAAGAACUCACACGCCAACGGUUGGCCCAGGAACGGAUGGCCGAGUGUCGCAGAAAGUGUCGGAAUGGAAAGUGUAUGGCGGGUGAGUGUCGGUGUAAUGAAGGAUUUGCACACCCGGAGGGAAACAAGCUCAGCUGCAAACCAGUAUGUAAGGAACCGUGCCGGAAUGGGACCUGUAUCCGGCCUGAUCAGUGUGAGUGUAAGACAGGGUUUGUGUUUGUCGAGGGUAGCUUAAGCCACUGUCGAUCGGAGGAGGAAUUGCUGCGGGAAGCGUACGAACGGUGUAGGGGUCGGUGUCGGAAUGGUGAUUGUCAUGGCGAUCAGUGUUUGUGUAUGCUAGGAUAUAAGGCAACCGAUCUGGAUCCGUACGAUUGUCAGCCGGUUUGUGAGCGACCCUGUGUAAAUGGAACGUGCGCCGGAAACGAUCGCUGUCACUGUUGGGAGGGUUAUGAAAUGAAUCCUGAAGAUAACCAUAUCUGUAACCCGAUCUGUACGGCUACUUGCAUUAAUGGGGAUUGCAUUGGUCCGGAACUGUGUGCAUGUCGUGGAGGAUAUAUCAUGGUCGAGGACAGUAACAACAGCUGUGUAAAAGAGGAAACUCCUGACGAACGAACGGCUCGUCUACGUCAGUUAACAUGUGAACGAGAAUGCUCGAACGGUUGGUGCGAUCAGGGCGAGUGUCGAUGUGUGGAAGGUUUCUAUCACGAAAAUAAUAACAUGUUCCGCUGCGAACCAUACUGCGAGAGACCAUGCGAGAUGGGCCGCUGCAUUGGAAACAAUACCUGCGAAUGUCUUGUUCGGCAUGAACUCGUCGAAGCAUUCGUAUGUGGACCCAUCUGCAGCGAAGAUUGUGUACGCGGAUACUGUGCGGCACCAGAUCUCUGUCGCUGUCACGAUGGGUACGAAAUGGUGAACGGUUCGAGCAAUGUGUGCGAACCGGUGUGUAGCGAAGAAGGCUGCACUAAUGGUGUUUGUGUAGGACCGAAUGAAUGCAGCUGCCUGGAUGGGUACUACCAGGAUCAGGACGACCCUCUACUGUGUCACCGAGAGUUGAGCGUCAUUCAACAGAUGCAUGAGCAGAGCAACUCCGGUGGCGAUUAUUACAAGAUGUCCUACAUACAUUAUUUCAUCCCAGUGAUUGCAGCCGUCGCACUGAUCGUAGCCGUCCUGGUUGUGAAGAUGAUUGUGCGGAACCGUCAGAAGGAUUAUCACGUCGGCAAGCUCGGUAAUGUACAGCGGCGCCGAAAGUCGACCAGCAACAGGGCCAGCAAGCGCGACACUGCCAACCGUACCACCGAUUAUAACGAUUACAAUCUGGUCGUUCUCUUCCCUACAGAGAGCAAGGAAAACUGUGUCUACUUCAUGCCGAAACCGGACUCCAAGACGAACGAGCUCACAAAAUUGAAUCUCGAAAUUGAAACCAUCUGA